UCAAGAUUUCCACUUCGGGGCAUCUAUACGUAUACCAGUGGGAGCGUCGCUGUCGAAGCGUCACUCAGACAAGAGCGCAUCCAGCAGCGCUCGACUGUUACAGCUGAUUGAUGGGCACGGCACCGCCAAGCUUGUGGAGUUACUGCUCCUCGUUGAACCGCCUCUGUCCCAAGCUGAUGCCGGUCACAAAGAUCUACGCCGAUCUUCGGUGGUCGACUACACUCUUCACAGCGAGGAGCAUGGACCACACCAUGGGCUGCACACAGGGUUCGGGGCCAUCUGCUGACGGCGUCUGUCACGUCGUCGCGCAGCUGUCGACAUGGAACGAAGUCUUCGUCAUUAUCAACAUGGAACUGUGUGAGGCUCCUCCCGGGAAGCUUUCGCUAGUGUGCCUCAGAGAAAUGUCUGGCUUCUGUGGCUUGGCAGCGCGCGAGCGCCACGCGACCAUCUUGCUUCACUGGCUCCUCACAGUCCACCGGUGUGUCACCAGCAUUGAACUAGACGACAGCGUGAUCCCCAAUUUCUCUACGUACUUUUCACUUUAUAGCGACGCCCUUCAACGCAGUCUUAGCAUUAGGGAUCUCAAAGUGUCUGCAUGGAGCUGCAGUCGCGACGCAUCGAGGUCACUCGUGAAUUCCAUUGUUUGCAAGCGACGACUCGAAGCGCUGCGGUGCGAAGCACUCGACCUAUCCGUACCAGACUUCAGAGAAUACCUAGAAUCAAGUGUCACUUUGAAGGAGCUCUCAGUGGCGUACACUAUUCGACGUCCCGAUAAUCCCUCUGUUAUUUUAAAUUCACUGCGCUUCAAUAGUUCCUUAGCUCACCUUUCAAUUCACAGUGAUUGCCUCGAUGCAGAUAAGAAGAACUGGUUUGGUGAUUACAUGGAACGAACUGCGACACUUCGCUACAUAAAGAUAACAAAUUUCUCGCGUGGCCCUCCGCGCUCUUUGGUGCCAGUAUUUCAUGCUUUAUCAAAUAACAAUAGCGUCUUAACGAUUGACCUCGUAUUGUUUAAUCUAGGCAUUGAUGAAGCGUGGUCCUUUGCUGACUUAAUCAAUGUGAAUCACAAUUUGAGGAUCGUGAAUUUCAUCGCAUGCAUUUGGAGCUUUGCAGUGUAUCCACGCCAGUAUAUCCUCGCAAGUACGUGCAGCACGCCUGAAGUGGGUCACACAUACCGCGCAGCAAUGCGCACGGCACCUCUCGUCUGUGCUUUCGGACCGGAAUCAUCUUUGGAGGAAAUCACGCUCGACAUGAGCUCUUUUAACGCUUGCGAACAGAAGACCCUUCUCUAUGCAGUUUCUCAGAAUACUACUCUCAAGAAAGUGAACGUAGAAAGAUUGAACUCUGGCAGUGCAAUUUCUCUGUGCGAGGCCAUCCGAGAGACGGGCACCGCAGACAGGGUGCACUUGGACCUUGUCAACGUGAGAGGAAGAGAGCUCGCUCGCGUAAAAAGGUCCUGCGCAGAGGCCACUGAAAUAGCACUCUUCAAUAUAGGCGCUCAUGGCACGAGAACGAGACGAGAGUGCUUGACAGCUCUGACGCUGUGCACACACCUGACUGUUCUCAAUUUGGACACAGAUGGAAGGGUGUGUGAGGCAGAAGCGCACCUUCUCUCCAUGUUCCUACGACAAAGCCAGUGCAUUCGAGAAUUGUACCUGUAUUUGAAAGUUAGACCUGAUGCUUUGCGAGACAUCCUACAAGGCCUGUCUAUGAACACGGCCCUGGAGAAGCUGGGCAUCAGUAAGUGCGGCCUCGACAAACAGAAUGCGGCCACACUCGCGUGUAUCGUCGGGGACAGUCAAACUAUCCGGCACUUUGACUACCAAACUCAUUGCGUCGCUUCAUGCCGCUUACUGCUUCUUAACCUUGCCAGGUGUCUGCAAUCCAACACUUCCCUGGUGUCUCUGGAAAUCAGUGAAUACCGCGCAGUCAUGAGGUACUCUGCCGCUGUUAGGAACUUCGUCAGACGCAACGCAGCUUUAGUUGACGGCGCUGCGCACUUCGUUCUCGGCACGAGGAACAAGCACUGCGCGGAGGCCUUCGAACGUGUCGCCAGUGGCCGUGGAAUAGUGGCCAGAGUUCAAGAAAUGGCCGCCGAGCCGUGCGCCGACCGGGCAAGUGCCAUGAUACGAGAGGCCACGCGUUGGCUGCUUGGAAUGGGACCUUUCAUGAAGAUGGCAGGUGUCGUCAAGAAUGACUUGUCAUGGGACGAGAGCGUCGACUACCGAGAACGCUUGCAAACCUUGCCUCUGGAUUGCUGGCUUCACGUGAGACAGUUCAUCAAGGUUCGCGACGUGCUACAUUGGGCACCCUCCACCAGCACGUGGCGCAAAAGGGCCUUCUGGCGAGCCCCUUCGCGUGCACGUCGGUCCAAGCAGCCUCGGCUGCAAUCGUGAGGGCACCUUAAGCGAAAUCGACAAGAUUUGCAUCACGUUGUGUGAAAGACGUUUUUUUUUGUAUUGACAAAUGCGUGACGCGUGCUUGUCCCUUUGACAUGCCUUUUAAAUUGUACUUCAUUAUGGCUGAAAGCCCAAUGAAAUUCUAAGAGUGUAAAAUGUUUACCAAGUGACAAAGCCUAAUAAAAUCGGCAGCUGCUUUUUA